CCUCUAUUUAUUCAGACUUGAUAUUUGUAGUAUUCCCCGUCGUUAUUAGUAAGCWAAAUUUAAGGACAGAGCCAUGAGUCUUCACGAUAAAAGAACUGUCUCUGACAAYACAUGUGUUUUGGAGAGGUAUUCGAAACUUGACCAAGGAACCAGCGUUCAAGCCUUGUACAUUUGGAUUGACGGUACAGGCGAAGGUAUCCGUUGUAAAACCAAGACUUUAGAGAAAAGGCCAGAUUCCAUUGAAGACCUUCCAAUCUGGAACUUCGAUGGAUCGAGUACCGCACAAGCRGAGGGCCAUAACAGCGAUGUCUAUCUUCAUCCUGUAGCUAUUUUCAAGGACCCAUUCCGUGGCGGAGAAAACAURUUGGUUCUCUGCGAGACCUACACACACGACCAUAAGCCAACACACACCAACAACAGAAAGACCUGUAUGAACAUAAUGAACGACCCUGAAGUUAAAUCUUCARAUCCAUGGUUUGGCAUUGAACAAGAAUACACCCUGCUUGACAUUGAUGGGCACCCACUUGGAUGGCCAAAGGGAGGCUUUCCAGGACCACAAGGACCUUACUACUGUGGUGUUGGUACCAACAAAGUGUUUGGUCGAGAAGUAGUAGAAGCACAUUACAGAGCAUGUUUGUAUGCUGGUGUGAAGAUUGCUGGUACUAAUGCRGAGGUUAUGCCUGCUCAGUGGGAAUACCAAGUUGGACCAUGUGAAGGCAUUGAGAUGGGUGAUCAUCUAUGGAUCUCAAGAUAUAUCCUUCAUCGAGUUGCUGAAGACUUCCAUGUUGUUGUAUCAUUUGAUCCUAAACCCAUGCCUGGUGACUGGAAUGGUGCWGGUGCUCACUGCAAUUACAGCACCGUUGGAAUGAGAGAAGAAAAUGGAAUGAGGUUGAUCUAUGAAGCCAUUGACAAGCUUGAAAAGAACCAUGACUACCACAUCAAGAAAUAUGACCCCAAGCAAGGACAAGACAAUGCACGUCGGUUGACUGGAAGGCAUGAGACCUCAAGUAUUUAUCAAUUCUCUCAUGGUGUAGCCAACAGAGGUGCCAGUGUAAGAAUUCCACGUCAAUGUGCCGAGGAUGGCAAGGGCUAUCUUGAAGAUAGACGACCAUCAUCAAACUGUGAUCCAUACAGUGUUACAGAGGCAAUUGUSAGAACAACUAUAAAGAACUACACAUGUUGAUAAGAUGGACUAGUAAUAAUUAGUAGGGAUUAUUACAUAUAAUACUGGGUUCAACAUAUUUAUUUUAACACCUUCAAUAAUUAUUGAAUGCAAUUUUAAUUGACAAGGUACCUCUACAAAUAGAAUCCAAGGACAUUGUAGUUUUCUCUUUUUAAUAGACAUUUWAUGAUUCUAUGAGAAUCAUCAUCCAUUGAAUUCAUUUAAAUUCAGGGGAGUACUGCUGUUUCUGUUCAAAUUAUUUUAAUGGGAAUUGSACGCUAUUUAAAUUUCAAAAAUUCUACAAAGCGUUUUUUGAGAUUAAUGAUUACAAGAGUUGUUUAGUUGUAUUUGAUGUUUAGUCUAGUACUCGUUUUUAUGUGAUGUUUUUGUGACUUAUUUUGUUGUUUUUAGUACUUAUGUAUAUAGAUGACUUUUAAUAAAGAUAUUUUAGAGAUUA